AUGGGUAUAGUUAAUUCAUGUGAGAAAUCUACAAGACAAGUCGAUAAUGAAGUCUAUUUGAACGCGACUGGCGGAAGUCAAUGUAGCAAUAGAAAAACUCUUUAGCAGACCAGCACACUCUAAACUCAAGGUUAAAACAAAGAAAAUCAAGCUAAAUAACCAACUAAUAAGUCAAACUCUUACCUUAAGUAGCAUUAGGAAAAUAUUUCGCCAAUAUAAGAAUUAACAACAGAAGAAUCAAAGAAUAGCAAGUCUGCUUAUUCUAAAAUGUUUGACAAAGGAUUAAUUGAAAGCAACGCUUUAAAAGUUCUAAAAAUUGAAUAAAAUGAAACAAAAUUACUCAACUCGAUGUACUCAAAUAAUCUUUUGAAUUCAACUGCUCUAUAUGACUGCUAAAGAAAUAGAUCAUCAUAUUCUUAACAUGUUGUAGGAAGUGUCUAGAGCAAUUUACUAUAACAGAAUAACUCAUAUAUGAAUUGCAGUCAGGCACAAUUUAUUGAAAAAGAAGGUAUUAAAUCAAGUAGACCUUCUCUCAAUUAAUAGAGUAUGACAAGAUCAACACAUUCUACUUCCCUUUAUGUUGCAAAUGAGAGGAAGAGAGUCAAAGAGAUAUACGAAGAUGGUUCUGUCUAUGAAGGUCAAGUAUUAAAUGGAUUGAGGGAUGGGUAAGGCACAUUCACUUACUCAAAUUAAGGAGCUAAGUAUGUAGGCUAAUGGCUUAAAGGUAACAUCGAAGGAUAUGGCAUACUUUUUUUCUCUGACAACAGAGUUGCAUACGAAGGCCAAUGGAGAGAAAAUAAAUUCAAUGGGAACGGAGUCGUAUACAAUGAAAACCAUUCAAAAAGGUAAAGUAAAAUAGUUGGUUUCGACUAUAAAAGUUUUGACAAUAUUGAAGAAGAAUGGUUUAAGUAUGAUGGAAACUUUGUAGAUGAUCAAAAAGAUGGACUUGGAACUCUAUACCUAAAAAACGGUGAGAAAUUUGUGGGAAACUUCCACAAAGAUGCUGUGAAUGGCAAUGGAGCAUUUUAUUUGAUUGACGGUACAAUAAUCUUAGGAGUUUGGGACAAUAAUAAUUUAGUUCAAGAAACAACAAGAAUUAAAAGUUGUUGA